AUGCAGGCGAGCCUUCAGAUGUUGGAAGAGAUAAAGAAAUUUGUUGGUAAAACAAGCAUGCUUCGGAUUGCUUUAUUAGCCGGACUCGGCGGAAAAGAGCAGCGUUCUCUGAGGCUCUUUUGGAAGGUGUCUGGCGAGGAUAAGCCUUCACAGACAGACAACAAGUUAAUGCCUGAUUCGCCAGUCAAGGUUCCAAUUGCCAACAGGACUCAAGUUCGGAUCAUACCAAGACAGAAACCUGACGUCGAGGACAAGACGUCUCGUAAAAUACGGAUGAAGUACCGAGGCAUCAUUAGAGUCCGUGUUUGUGCAUCUGCAUGUAGAUUGACAACAAAGACAGCCGUUGUCGUGGCGUUUGGCUUGAUUUGUCAUCUACAUGUCAUGGAUUUAGGUCUGGCUAUACAGUCGUCUCGCACAUGUACUCAAUUAGCUCGUGAAUUUGUAAUCGCAUUCUGUUCACUCCAGCUCCAAAUGAGCCUGAAUGCCGACUUUUUUGGGCCUAAUCACCUCGCGACCGUCGAUUCCAACAGUCUAACCGGCAACUGGGCAGUCGUGCGUGCUCAGGCCGGUCGGCAGAGCUGA